AUGACUGACAGGCGGCGCAUCAAUGGCCCUGCCGGGGCUACGAUACCACCUAUUUUCGACGACCUCAAGGUCCAAGAAAUCAAGCCGGUGACAGGCCGGUUGCGCGCGCCAAAUGCAACCCGCAGAAUGUACCUCAAAACCGGAGUGACCCCCUCAGCCUCCGGGUCUGCCUAUUUGGAAAUUGAAACGUCUGCAACACCUGGCGUAUCUGGGCUAAAGCUCAGCUGUUCUGUCCACGGGCCCAGAUCCCUUCCGCGAUCCGCCCCUUUCUCACCUCACAUCGUCUUGUCCACACACGUCAAGUACGCUCCGUUUGCCACCAAACAAAGACGCGGCUACCUGCGGGACCCGAGCGAGCGUGAUCUAGGGAUUCAUCUCGAAGCUGCCCUCCGUGGUGCCAUUAUCGCCGACCGGUGGCCGAAGAGCGGUGUCGACAUCAUCAUCUCUAUCGUCGAGGGCGACCAAGACCGGGAAACGUCCAAGCUGCAGGGAGACGAAGUGUGGGACAUGAUGAAUGCCCUGAGCGGCUGCAUCACUGUCGCGGCGGCAGCCCUCGCCGAUGCCGGUAUUGAUUGCGUUGACACGGUUGCGGGUGGGGUGGCUGCACUAGUCCAGAACGCAGGGGAGGAUUCUGAGCCGACGAUCGUGGUCGACCCGAUACCCUCCGAGCACGAGAAGAUACUGGCAGCCUGUUGCGUCGCGUAUCUCCCUAUUCGGGAUGAAGUGACAAAUCUUUGGUUUCGGGGCGAUCUGCCAGCUUCCGAAAUGGGCCUUUACACGAGCCUUGUUGAACAGGGUAUCUUGGCCUCCCGAAAUGCGAACCGCGUCCUUGUCGGCUCCGUAGUCCUCAUGGGCAAGAAAUGGCGAUGGGGCGUCAUCUUGGACGCCGGCUCGUCUGGGACAAGGCUGCAUAUAUACCGCUGGAAGGAUCCUGAGAAGGCUAUCAAGAGCGCUUCAGAGGAGGAGUUGCGCAGCCUGCCGAAACUAAUAACCCAGAAGGAAUGGACGAAAAAGAUCAGGCCGGGCGUUUCCACAUUUAGCGAGGAUGUUGGGAACGUUGGGCCGACUCACCUACAAUCUCUCAUCGACCAUGCGCUGAAUAUCAUACCAGACGACAAAGUGGAAGAUACUCCCAUAUUCUUAAUGGCGACCGCCGGAAUGCGCCUACUACCCCAAUCCCAACAAACAGCCCUGACGGACGAGAUUUGCUCAUAUCUCCGGCGAAACACUCGGUUCUCACUUCCGGACUGUGGCCUCCACAUCCAAGUCAUCAAGGGCGAAACAGAAGGCCUGUACGGCUGGAUUGCGUCAAACUACCUCCUGGGCGGGUUCAACUAUCCAGACAAACACCAACAUGGCAAGGGCCAUCACACAUACGGAUUUCUAGACAUGGGCGGCGCAUCGGCACAGAUCGCCUUUGCACCUAACGCUACGGAAGCAGAGAAACACGCAGACGACCUCAAGCUUCUCCGGAUGCGCACACUCGACGGCUACCCGGCGGAAUACAAAGUCUUCACCACAACCUGGCUUGGUUUUGGUGUGAAUCAAGCUCGCGCUGCCUACAUCCAGAACCUCGAAGACCGAUAUGCCGAGAGCAAGGGCGAGCUCCCCGACCCAUGUCUACCCAUGGGCCUUCGAACGACUCGACUAGGCGAGCCACUGAAACAACGUGCCACAGGCGCCCCCACGCUUAUCGGCACAGGCCAUUUCGACGAGUGUUUGCAACUGACAUAUCCGCUGCUUGGUAAGGACAAGCCGUGCGAGGACAGCCCCUGCUUAUUAAACGGCCAACAUGUCCCCGCGAUCGACUUUGACGUCAACCAUUUUAUCGGUGUCUCGGAGUACUGGCAUACGACCCAUGGUGUGUUUGGUGGUCACAACAACAAGGCGUACGAUUUCGCGGCAUAUCAAAAGCGAGUUCAGGAUUUUUGCGGGCAAGACUGGGACCAUAUCAAGGGUAAAAUCAACAGCCGGAAGCAGGACGAUAUGAAGGUCGCCCAAGAAGCCUGCUUCAAAGCUUCGUGGUUAAUCAACGUCCUCCACGAAGGCAUCGGUGUCCCCCGGAUCGGGCUCGAAGAUGUGCCUUCUGCGAAUGUGUCCAAGGGUGCACUUGAGCAGGCCAAAGACCAAGGCUUCCUCGACCCAUUCCAGCCUGUCAACAAGAUUAACGGCAUCGAAGUGAGCUGGACGCUUGGCAAAAUGGUUCUUUACGCUGCUGGGCAGAUUCCGCCCGCCACUCUCGACAACCGGUUCCCUGUUGGUUUCGGUAGCAACGCUGUCGGGACCCCACAAGAUUUUCAAUACGCUGGGUCGAGCUGGAAGCCAUACAGCAACCAAACGAGCGAUGACGACGACUGGGACCUCGAUGCCGAAGACAUUCUCGAAAAGGCCAAAACCAAAACCACCACAGGCUUCUUUGCUUUUGUCUUCCUCCUCGGCUUGUUCGCUUAUCUGUUCCGCAAGCGCGAUCGACGCAUGCGUCUUUAUAGCCGAGUGAACACGAUCCUCCGCCGGGGUCGCAAACCCGGCCAUGGAAACCUGCCUACCAAGAUUUUCGGUGGCAGUCGGCGGCACUCUGGUGGCCACAGCGGCAACUACGAGCGUGUCAUGGAGGAGGGCGAAACUAUCCAGUUUGAGCUCGGCGACGUGGACUCGGACGAGGCCAACGACUACUCGGACUCUAGUGACGCGGUUUCGACCAGCUCCAAGUCGUCUCGUCGGUUUGGCCUGUCCUCGGGCUUAUCGACACCACAAGUCGUGGAUCACCACCACCACCACCAUUACCACCACGGCCUAGCAUCACCAACGGUGUCAGCAUUGGACCGCAGCGGUCUAGUCGUGCGCACCGAGAGCCGCGAGCGGCUGACGCUGCCGCCAAAUCUAGCGCUGUCGGGCGCUGGCAGGAGGAGCAGAGCUGGGAGCCCGACGCGGCUCAAAAGCCCGAUGAUGUCGCCGUUACAGGAGACGUAG